AGUUUACCUGUUGUUGCUACUUAAGUCGUUAAUGAAGUUACAGAGAUUACAUAAAUUGGUUGAGCUGUCUGUGUUUUACCCUUCCUUUUCAGAUAGGGAGAAAGGAGAAGACAAGUGUCUUGUUCAUGGCUUCCAGCAAGGUGAGGCAAUAAAAGGAUUCACUGUCAUAGUGACCAGCUUGCCACGUCAUUAGCUAACAUACUGAGGGAAGAGGAACCAAGGGUCAUUUUUUUCCCAUCGUUUGCAUGUUGUAACCCCUGACCUGAGAGUCUAUAGCUCCUGAGCUUGAAGCUACUGGGGUAUUAUCCAGUUACAAGCUCUAUUUAUUCCAUGUGUCACUGAUGGGAGUAAAAUGGAAUAUAAAUUCCAGUUACAUGGAGUUAGGAAUGACUUGGCUAGAAGACUUUGGGUCAACAAGCUGCUGUGCCUUCUGACUGUCCCUGGCUGAGGUGCUGACUGUGCAGCUGAGGUGGUGCUGUGCAAGUCAGGCAGAGGGAGGAAAGAUACUCAGUUUCAGGCAUUUGUGAAGAAAGUCAUAAUGAGUCGUCUCUUUAAGAUAAUUAUGAUUAGUACCGUCUCAAUGAAUGCCUUUUUUAUGGUCUUGUGGACUGAUUAUAAAACAAGAUACAGCUUGUUCAGACUUUUUGAGGUCUCGGAGCUCAUCUUUGUGUCCAUCUAUAGCUCUGAGUUCUGCAUGAAGCUCUAUGUGGACCCCAUCAACUACUGGAAGGAUGGCUACAAUCUGCUCGAUGUGGUCAUUAUCAUCAUCAUCUUCAUCCCCUACAGUCUCCGCAAGAUCAAGGGCAAGCACUACCCCUACCUCAACAUUGCCGACGGUGUGCAGUCCCUGCGCAUCCUCAAGCUUAUCACCUACAGCCGUGGCCUCCGGACACUCAUCACUGCCGUGGGGCAGACAGCCUACACCGUGGCCUCCGUGCUCAUCCUAUUCUUCGUCCUGAUGUACAUCUUCGCCAUCCUGGGCUUCUGCCUGUUUGGGCUUCCAGAGGGAGGUGACAUGAAUAACUGGGGAAACCUGGCUUUGGCCUUCUUCACCCUCUUCAGCUUGGCCACGGUCGAUGGCUGGACAGACCUGCAGGAGCAGCUGGAUGCCCGGAAUUUGAUUCUGAGCCGCUCGUUCACCAUCAUCUUUAUCUUGCUUGCCUCCUUUGUGUUCCUCAGCAUGUUUGUGGGUGUGAUGAUCAUCCACACUGAGGACUCCAUCAAAAAGUUUGAGCGGGAGCUGAUGCUGGAGAGACACAUGAACCUCAUGGAAGAGAAGCAGGUGAUUUUGAAGCGGCAGCAGGAAGAGGUCGGCAAGCUGCUGCAGACCCAGAAAGAUCUUGACCACAAGAGUUUCACUGAACUGGUGGAGAAGUUUAAGAAGACCUUGCGGCACACUGACCCCAUGGUCUUGGAUGAUUUUGGCACUAGCCUGCCCUUCAUUGACAUCUACUUGUCCACCCUGGACAACCAGGAUGCUACGAUCUACAAGCUUCAGGAGCUGUACUACGAGAUUGUGCACGUGCUGAGCCUCAUGCUUGAAGACUUGCCCCAGAAGAAGCAGUCCUGGUCCUCGGAGAAGGUCGAUGAGAAGUAGCUGGAUGUGGGCACCCAGCCACCACGGGCCUCCCGGGCUGUGACCCGCCCCCCAUUAAACUAAUAUUUUC